UCGAUGUGCGCAUUGUUAUUAAACAACGUGUGAAACAUAGUUUCGCAACAAAAAUGUCAAGCGAUAAUUCGAAGAAGCGGGGCAAGAGUUCUGGUGAGAAAAGGGCAAAGAAAAGGGUCAAACGGAAAGAGACGUUCGCCAUGUACAUAUACAAAGUUUUGAAACAGGUUCAUCCUGACACUGGCAUCUCCAGCCGGGCCAUGAGCAUCAUGAACUCAUUCGUCAACGAUCUGUUCGAGAGACUCGCUACCGAGGCGUCGCGCCUUGCUCAGUACAACAAGCGGGCCACCAUCACCAGCCGCGAGGUGCAGACUGCCGUCAGGCUGCUGCUGCCUGGCGAACUGGCCAAGCACGCGGUGUCCGAAGGCACCAAAGCAGUUACUAAGUACACAAGCGGCAAGUGACAAAGAUGUCAUGUUUGCCUUUAACAAUAAACACACCCUGUACAGUU